CAGCCGGCUCCUGGGCUCGCCGCUCCGCCGCCGCGCACCUGAGCUGGCACUGCCUCGGGGAGACCCGGCGAAGGGGAGGGCCGGGCCGGAGCUGAUCAUCGCCCGGGCGGGGGCAGGGCCGCGGCUUCUUUGCCGGCAGCACCACCUGUCGCGGAGCGAGACGUCGGGUGAAAGAAAAGAUGUUGUCCCGGUUAAGAGUAGUUGCCACUCCUUGUUCUCUGGCAUGCCGGCAUGUACACACAAAAGAAAAAGGCAAGCCCCUCAUGUUGAACCCAAGAACAAACAAGGGAAUGGCAUUUACAUUACGAGAACGACAAAUGCUUGGUCUUCAAGGACUUCUACCUCCCAAAAUAGAGACACAAGAUAUUCAAGCCUUACGAUUCCAUAGAAAUGUGAAAAAAUUAAAUUGCCCUUUGGAAAAAUACAUCUAUAUAAUGGGAAUACAAGAAAGAAAUGAAAAGUUGUUUUAUAGAAUACUGCAAGAUGAUAUCGAAAAUCUGUUGCCAAUUGUAUAUACACCAACAGUUGGUCUUGCCUGCUCCCAAUAUGGACACAUCUUUAGAAGACCUAAGGGAUUAUUUAUUUCAAUCUCAGACAGAGGUCAUGUUAGAUCAAUUGUGGAUAACUGGCCAGAAAAUCAUGUUAAGGCUGUUGUGGUGACUGAUGGCGAGAGAAUUCUGGGUCUUGGCGAUCUGGGCGUCUAUGGAAUGGGAAUUCCAGUAGGAAAACUUUGCUUGUAUACAGCUUGUGCAGGGAUACGGCCUGACAAGUGCCUACCUGUGUGCAUUGAUGUAGGAACUGAUAACCCAGCACUGUUAAAAGAUCCAUUUUACAUGGGCUUAUAUCAGAAACGAGAUCGAUCACAACGUUAUGAUGACCUAAUUGAUGAGUUUAUGAAGGCCAUUACUGACAGGUAUGGACGGAACACACUUAUUCAGUUUGAAGACUUUGGAAAUCAUAAUGCAUUCAGGUUCUUGAGAAAAUAUCGAGAAAAAUACUGUACCUUCAAUGAUGAUAUUCAAGGGACAGCUUCAGUAGCUCUCGCAGGUCUUCUUGCAGCACAAAAAGUUGUUGGUAAAUCACUCUCAGAACACAAAAUCUUAUUUCUUGGAGCAGGAGAGGCUGCUCUUGGAAUUGCAAAUCUUAUAGUUAUGGCUAUGGUAGAAAGUGGCCUCCCAGAAGAAGAGGCACAAAAGAAAAUUUGGAUGGUUGACAAGUUUGGUUUAUUAUAUAAGGGGCGGGAAGCUAAAAUAGACAGUCAUCAGGAAUCAUUUGCUCACUCAGCCCCAGAGAGCAUACCUGGUACUUUUGAAGAUGCAGUAAAGAUACUUAAACCUUCAGCUAUAAUUGGAGUUGCAGGAGCUGGCCGACUUUUCACUCCUGGUGUAAUCAAAACCAUGGCUGAUAUCAACGAAAGGCCUAUAAUCUUUGCAUUAAGUAAUCCUACAGCAAUGGCUGAGUGUACAGCUGAAGAAGCAUAUACACUUACAGAGGGAAGGUGUUUGUUUGCCAGUGGCAGUCCAUUCGAGCCGGUGAAACUAAGUGACGGGCGAGUGUUCACGCCAGGCCAAGGCAACAAUGCAUAUAUUUUCCCAGGAGUGGCUUUAGCUGUUAUUCUCUGUCACACCCGGCAUAUUAGUGACCAUGUUUUCCUAGAAGCUGCAAAGGCACUGACAAGUCAAUUGACGGAUAAAGAGCUAGCUCAAGGGAGACUUUAUCCCCCUUUUUCCAAUAUUCAGGAAGUUUCCAUUAACAUUGCUAUUAAAGUUACAGAAUACCUGUAUGCUAAUAAAAUGGCUUUCCGGUACCCAGAACCUGAGGACAAGGCCAAGUAUGUUAGAGAAAGAAUAUGGCGGAGUGAAUAUGACUCCAUGCUGCCAGAUAUGUAUGAAUGGCCAGAAUCUGGACAAAACCCUCCCGUGCUACCAGAAUAGAAGCACCCACAAAUAAAUAUUGUCCGUGCUUCAGGGAACCCCUCUUUUCAGACAAAAAUAUAAUGUUCUCAAAUUUAUGGGUUUUUUUUCUGUGUUUUAUUGUCCCCCACUGCUUUGCCAGACUUAUUUUUCCCAUGAAUCUACACUUCUGUGUGGGUAGAUGUGUCGACUACAUUGUUAAUGCCCACUGGCACCCUGCCACCAAAUAGCCAUAAUGCGUUCAUUCUGAUUUGUAGCUCAUACCACAUCAAAGAGAUGUUAAAAAUAUAUUUUGAAUGUCUUCACCUGUGCUCUUGAUCACACUUGCCCAAGAAUUUGCUAUUUACUAUUAUUUAUAUAUAUAAAAGCCUAAGCGACCGAAUGACAAGUUGACCACCAGGGGGCAGACGCUCAACACAGGAGCUGCCCCCUGGUCGUCAGUGCGCUCCCACAGCCAAUCUCCUGCAGCCAGCCAACAUCCCAUGGCCCCUCCCCUUGCCGGCCAACCUCCUACAGCCCAAUAGGCCCCAAUCACCGGCCAGGCCAAGGACCCCACCUGUGCAUGAAUUUGUGCACUGGGCCUCUAGUAGGUAAUAAUCUUUCACUGAGCUCUUUUGAGGGCUACUAAUAUACUAACUGACUUCUGUGGAGAUGAGCACACAGUAUGAGGAAAAAGCCAAAUUUAACCAAAUUCUAAGGAUAAAUUGUCUAUCUAAAAUGUUUUUAUUUAUUUCUUCCUCAUGCUCUGAAAUUCCUCUCCAGUAUAUAGAGUUAGAGAAAUAUGAAAAAUAUACCCUAUUAUUUAUUUCCUAAAACUAAAUUAAAGUUUUACUAUAACAUUGUAAGAGAGAAAUGGAAACUACUGCUGCCUUUAGACAAAUAAAAAAAAUAGUCAUUGAGCCUGUAAUAAUGUCAACAUUAAAACAUUUAAAAAGUCAUUGUUUUUAACAGUGUAUAAAAAUCAUAGUGUAACUUUUUUAUUUAAUAAAGAUAAUAACUUCAAUUUAA